AUGAUCUCCGCCAUCGUUGUCCCGACUGGUGCUGCUCUCCUCCUAUACAUCUUUCUGUACAUCGGUCGCGCCCUUUACCGAGACUGGACAUCGUCACUCAAGUUCAUCGAUGGCCCGCCGUGUGCAAACCCUGUGCUCGGACAUUUCAUGUUGAUUUCGGAUAAACCCGAUACUACUAUCAAAUGGCGAGAGCAAUACGGCGCAACUUUCAUGGCGAAAGGUCUCUUCUGGGAAAACCAGCUGAACACGAAGGACAUCAAGGCAGUGACUCACAUCCUCACACAUGGCUCGAUGUACACGAAGACAUCGGCAGCAAUCUCGACAGGCUUACGUCUUUUGGGCGCCGGGAUCCUUUCCGUCGAGUUGGAUCCGCACAGACGCCAGCGUCGAAUUCUGAACCCUGCAUUUGGCCUGCCGCAGAUCCGGGUGAUGAAUGAGGUGUUUGUCGAAAAGGGAAAUAUGGUAUGUGACCUCGCAGCCACCCACGCAGUAGAAGCCUCACCAAGAGUGAAGUUGCGUGACAUGCUGACAAAAGAGAUUGAAGAUGGAGGCGGGAGGGUCACCCUCAAUCUGUCAGCAUGGUUCCGUCAAGUCACGCUCGACAUCAUUGGACAGACUGGCUUCGGUUAUCAAUUUAAUUCUCUGGAAUCACGCGGCAAGGACGAAGCGGAGCUCAGCACGGUCUUCGGUCUCAUGUUCAACAACCCCAAAGCAAACCUCAAUCGUGCUGUUCAGUUCGCUCAGGCAGCGAUACCGAUGCUGGAGUCCCUGCCACUGCCCGGUUGGAAAGUCACUCGUUUCGCCCAAACAAAGCUGCGCGCGAUCGGAAAACAACUGAUGGAAAAGUCAAAGGCUGAAUGUGCGGUUCUUGCAGAAAAGGACUUGGGUUCAGGUCGCGAUCUCUUAUCGCUGCUCAUAAAAGCAAACAUGUCCGCUGACAUUCCCGAGAGUCAACGGAUGAGCGAUGACGAGGUGAUCGCUCAAAUUCCGACAUUCUUGCUGGCUGGGCACGAGACAAGUAGCACCGGACUCGCCUGGGCUGCGCACGCCUUGUCGCAACAUCCAGCCAUUCAAGACCAGCUCCGCCGAGAACUGCUCACCCUCCCAACGGAGACUCCUACCAUGGACGAACUCAACUCGCUCCCAUUCCUCGAUAAAGUCAUCAAAGAGACAAUGCGCUUAUAUUCGCCGGCUUUCUCGACGCAGCGUAUGGCCAUCCAAGAUGACGUGUUGCCGCUGAGUAAGCCGUAUAUCGACCUUCAGGGCAUUUCCCACGACACUCUACCGAUUCGUCGAGGACAGGUUCUCACGAUCCCAAUUCUGGAAAUCAACACCGAUAAGGAACUCUGGGGAGAAGACGCACUCGAAUUCAAACCCGAUCGCUGGGACAACCUUCCUGAAGCCGUCCAUUCUAUCCCGAGCGUGUGGGCGCACCAGCUCACAUUCAUCGCUGGUCCUCAUAGUUGCAUUGGGUUCCGCUUCACCGUGGUCGAGCAGAAAGCAAUCGUAUUUAGUCUCCUGCGGACCAUCGAGCUUCUGCCGGGUUCAGAGAAGGUCGCUCCCGCCAUCACGGGAUUGUUCCAACGGCCAAUCUCGUUCGUUCGUGGCGGAGAGGGCAAGCCUGGUUUGGUUUCCACUGGGGGUCUUCGCAUCGUGAUGAAGGCGUGCAAGGGCGACAUUCCAGGGCAGCGGUUCGUACGUCGUGUUCGACUGGGGAAGGAGCUUGGGGGGAUCCUGUCGCUGACGAUCAACAACGCGACGGCCCAGUCGCAGUUCUCACUGUCGUUCACCGAGUCCGCGGAGUUCAUCAGCCCGCUCAAGUUGGACGACUCGUGCCAGCCCGCACGGCUGCAGAACUGGGACAGAAUCCAGACGUUCCACGUGCCGCGAGCCACGGGGCUGCUGACGCAGACCGUGGGACAGCAGCGCGGCGGGUUCCGCUUCCUGACGAUUGUGAGUGCGAGCGCGGACCCGCUGACGAUCUCGAACAUCUCGCUGGCGAUCACGUUCAUGCCCCACUGGGAUGAUCUCAGGGCGUACCCGGGCUACUUCUUUGCACCUGACCCCGGGUUCCACGACAUCGACUGCCUCACGAAGAUCUGGCACUAUAGGGUGCAGACCAACACAAUCCCUCCCCACACGGCGCGACAGGAGCCGUGCCCAGCAGGAGGUGGCUGGUCCAACGAUGCCUUGGGAGGAGCUGCCACUGGGCCUAUCCUCGUCGAUGGUGCAAAACGCGACAGGAACAUCUGGCCAGGCGACUGCGGCAUCUCCACACACACGGAGCUCGUCGCGCUGAGCGACAUGGAGCCGACCAAGAACUCGUUGAUGGUGAUGUUCCGCACGCAAAACCUGACGACUGGCGCGCUGCAGUACUCCGGGCCGCCGCUGAACAACCAGGGAAGCGACACGUACAUCUCGUGGUCGCUCAUUGGGACGCACAACUACUUCCUGUACACGGGCGACCUCGAUUUCAUCAAGUCUGUCUGGGCGAACUACACCAAGGCGGUUGGCUUCCUUGAGGGCCAGGUGGACUUGACCGGCCUGAUGAACGUCUCGUCUGCGCUCUCGAACGACUGGGGCAGGGCCAGCGGCGCCGGACACAACUCUGCGGCAAACGCGUUGCUUUAUCGCACGCUCGUCACCACGGCGGACCUGGCGACGCAUCUCGGCAAUGUCUCCCUCCCCGCCACAUACCUCGCCAACGCGACCAAGAUCAAAACUGCGUUCAACAGCCUGCUGUGGGACGCCGCGGCGGGCCGGUUCCGCAGCAACGACCUGCCGAGGAGCAUCCACCCGCAGGACGGCAACGCGCUCGCGGUCCUGUACAACCUCACGACAUCGGACGCACAGAACAAGGCCGUGAGCGCCGGGCUGAUGAAGUUCUGGACGCCCAUCAGGCCGUGGCUUCGAGCGCAUUUUGUGGCCGGCAAGGGCGAGCGGGCAAUUGAUCUGAUCGAGCGCGAGUGGGGGUACAUGCUGGAAACCAACUUGAGUGUCAAGUCGCCGCUGCUAGAGGGCUUCUCGGCCAACGGAUCGCUCGGUCGGCUACCUGGGGUCUUGAUCAUUGCGUCAAUCAUCUGA